GAAACGCGCACAUAGUACGCAAGGGUCAAAGCCUGAUCUCGAUAUGUAGUGAAGGUUUAGGUCUGUUGCGAAUCAUCAAAGAAGAAGCUAUUUCACCUCAAUUGGAAGCCCCACUGCCCUGUGGACACCAUGCCUGGGGUGCCGUCUAACAAGGCAUGUGAGCGAUGUAAAAAGAGGCAUCUCAAGUGUGAUGAGACACGCCCGAAAUGCCAGCGUUGCAUGAACGCCGGUGUGGAAUGUCCAGGUUAUGUUCAAACGCGCAAAUUCAUAGACCAAGGCGCUUCGGUGAGGCGCCGAUAUGCGCCCUAUCAAGAGAGCCACUCAAAACCACAUACAAGCAGAGGUGCAGAAAGUACUACUGGUGAAUAUCUGGUGACCUUAAACCACAAUGAAGACCAACAGAGUGUUAGACCCAGCCAGGCUCACUCUGCAAUUCCAUCGCCUGCAGAUUGGAGAGCUAGCGAUUCAAGUCAACCUGAAACCCAUUCGCCAGCCCAAAACAUGAGUAUUAAUUUAACAUCAGCUACUGCGCGAAUUAAUGCUAUUAAUCCCAUGACAAGCCAGCCCGCAGCAGAAACCGGACCUGUUGAUAUUGCAUCCUUGGAACAACAACGAAGCUCUUCAAGUAGAAGCGCGGGUCAUAGUCCCCUAAAUAUUCACAGCGACACAUCUCCGCAUUCCCAGGUUAUCGCUUAUAAUGGCUUCAGAUCUAGACCACCAUCUUCUAAUGCCGGCUCGGGGAGUCCAACGAAGCCUAGCGAUGAGUUCCAGGAUAUCUUUUCGGAACUCAUGACUGGGACUGAGCAUGAGCUAGCCUUUCUAAUACGGCAUUUCUCGGACUAUUUAGGACCUUGGCUGGACAUUUCAGACUCGACGAAAUUUUUCGAGGUUUACGUGCCAAUACGUGCGAUCAAUGAUCCCUUUUUAAAAUACGCAAUUGCUGCUCUGGCUGCGAAGCAUCUCGGCAGAAUGAAAGGGGUGAAGUCACCAACAGGUGGCGGAAUGUUCACGAGUCCUGCGACUAUGGAAAUUUAUCCAAAUGCGACACAAGUAGACUGGUUUCUCAAAGCAACUAAUUAUUAUUAUCUUGCCGCUUCACGCAUGAAUUCUAGCAUUUCUGAAGCCUAUACGUCUGUAUCUAGCUCGGCUAUCUUGGAAUCCCCGAUUCAAAUUGCCAGCCGAUGGCUGAGUCUCCAGCUACAGCAGUCUAAUACCUCCUCAACUGAAGAAUCGGCUUCUAGCACAUUUUGCAGGAAGACCGAAAAUAUUCUGGCCGCUUCCACAAUCAUGAUCAUGUGCAAGAUUCUGGAUGAACCUGCGGAAAACUGGCAAUCACACCUUUCGGGAGUAAGGCCGUUAUUUAACUCUUUGCUACAAUUGUGUAGCAGUACUUCGCAUGCUCUCCAUUCUUUCCCCCAAGGGGCUAGAGCAGCCUUUUGGAAUUUCGCCCGCUUAGAUUACUUGGGUUCAUAUAUAAACCGGUCGUCAACCCAGUUUGACCAGGAGAACCUUUCAUUGUGGAAGGCUGCCGGUAUUUCCAUUGAUGAUUUGGGCAAUCUUUCAUUGAAUCCCGAGGCGACGGCUGACGCGACGUUGUCACACGAAGACCGGGCGGCGAACAGCUUAACUUGGCUUAACACCAAAGUAAUCAAUUUCUUAGCCGAGUCUAAGAAGUCACAAUGGGAACAACUCACAGGCCAUCCACCCAGCGACCCACCUACACCAUCUUCAGUCCCGGCAACAUCCACACCAUAUCCUUCUACCUCCACCUGGAUAAAAUUAUGCUUCGACUUUCAGUCCUGGUUUGAAGGGUUGCCGGAGACGUUUCGCCCGUGCCUACGAUUGGAUCAUCCGAAGGACAUAACAAAGCUUCCGGAAAUGAUAUAUUUGCCCUUCCCAGAAAUAUUCUAUGGCUUGACAUCCUGUGCUGCGACAAUGCAGCAAUACCACUUUGGGCGCCUUGCCCUAUCACUCAACAGGCCACCAGAUGCCGUCAGUGGUCUCAGCACUGCCUUUGACCGCCUACAAGGGUAUCGUGAGUUGAUGAAAGAGACCGACUACCGUUGCAGGGAAAUCUGUGGCAUUGCGCUUGGUCGGCCUCAGAGUGCCGCACGCGUCUAUACGAUACCCCUCUUAUUUGCGGUUGGACAGUGUUUUGAGAACCCAGAGGAGCGUCAAAUCGUUGCUGACUUACUACGCGGAAUUGAGGCAGAUUUAGGAUGGGAGACAAGCUGCCGAAUUCAGAAAUUGCAAGCCUCAUGGGAUCAAAGAUAGACCCCAAGUUUUCUGCUUCUUUGCCCACUCUCCUUAGAUGUCAUGAGGAGCAAUCUUCAGUGACUUGCAAACCUGACAUGCAUUAAACAGCAACCCAAGUCGCCAGCCAUUACUUUUGUUAGUUGGCAUAAGCCUGGCAUUGGUACACUGUCGAUCUACAUUACACAUUCGCUGUUGGGGCAACCGCUGCGGAUGCUCAAUGCCGUAUCCACUUUUUGACUGCUGUUGUGGGGCAGAUCAUUGCCUUUGAAUGAUACCAGUCCACAUGUGAUAGGUAACGCGACCUCUACACCGAGAUGAUCAUUAUAUGUUUUGUGGUCAGAAGCAAUUGACGCGUUCGAGUUGGGAGCCAAAUGCAGGGUUUGGGUGAAAGCUACGUAACUUCGUUGCCACUAUGGAAAUCUUCCCGGGACAGCCCGUCUUAAGGAACUCAUUUUCACGCCAAUUUUGAUUAAAUAAUAGGCGCUGACCAUCGCCUUUGCGCCUAACCUAAUGUACGGCAAAUUUCUCCGAUAUCUGAAUAUCUCCGGGUACCUUCGGGGAUUCUGGAGCUACCCAGGAUAUGCGG